CUAAACUUUGUGACUCUUUUGGAACCUUGUGAUUUGUGACUAUUUUGGAUUUGGACGAUUUUUAACAGAACUUUACUAUGACAUACUGCUGUUCACAAUGCAACUUCACCGCCCAGUUCGAGAGUGCCCUGAGGAUGCAUCAUCAAUUGCACCACGAACCGGCCACUCUGAAUGGAUACCCUGACUCCAAACCUAAGCUUUUGACUGAAAAAUCAAACACGGUGCCUCGCGCAGCAGCAUUGGACGCCUCGUUCUCAAGCACCAAAGAAAGCAAAGGUUUCAAGUUGGCGUCACGAACGUCGUCAGCGACCCGGCUGUUGGACAAGCUGCGCUCGCGCAUCACGCGUAGCAGAAGCAGGAUCCUCUUCUCACACCCUGAGGAGAGCAGCGAGAACAACCUGAAUACUAAUGAUCAUUCAAUAUCCAGCGACUGUACAUCCAAAGCUUUGGAGUCUUCAAUGUCUAAGAGCAGUGCCAUCACCACGCCCCUUGUGGAGACCAAGGAAACCUAUGGAUGCCAUCUGUGUUCUUUUGAUGCUGAUCGCAUCACAGUCUUGGACAGGCAUCUCCUCAACGACCACAAGAUCGGCCUCGACAACCUCCUCAAGUUAGUUUUAGCUAAAACAAAAGACGGCCUAUCCGAGGAAUGCCCGAACCAAUCACUAUACGGAAUCCGACAACCAUACUACAAGGCUACAGACGAAAUCAUCGAAGAAGGCGAAUUUGUCAUAGAAACAGUAUCUCCCAAGAUCCGAAUACUGAAACAUACGUCAACUAACACAGAUAUACAGUGGAAUGACAUACCAGAUUUGAAAGACAAUUGUAGGAUGAUAACCAAAGAAUUGGAGAAGUUAAUGAAGUAUCCAGUGGAAAAAUGUGACAAGGAUGAGUUGCUAGCUAAGAUGCAGACGUUGAAUGAGUGUAUGGGGAAAUUUGUAGAUUCUACGAACACGAUCAAAAGGGUGCUGACGAAGGAAUAUGAUUCGAAGACCAGCGUCAGAGAUAGGCUGAGCACUGCUGAGCCGUUUUUCGAUUUGGGGCUAGGAGAAUUUCAAGAAUUUAUCCUACAGGACUACACAACCUUCACUGGUUAUGUGUCAUUGGCAACAAAGCCGUUGAUCCUGCCAGAAGUUGCAGUUGGUGGGAUAGGGAGGGAUUAG